AUGACGACGUCCCUCCGCACUCCUGACCAGCACAAGCCCACCGGAACUGGGUUUACCAUCCUCGCGUCCCAUGAAGAGGCAGUCGCUCUCCAAGUUUUCUACGAAGAGAACUACUUCGACUUCACCUCCAAGACAUCAUGUCGGGCGCUGCUCAAGCUCAAGGAGAAGCAUGCCCGCAUCGUGGACCUCAGCAAGAACGGUGAACGUCUUCGGGGUGCGGUGCAUGCGGUCCGGCACCUGAGCAAGAACGAAGCGUACCCGCAGCCUACCUUCAAGAUAUCAUGGCUAACACGCAUGGCCCGAAUCUCUCAACCUCCAGGGCGUGAGCGACUUCGACCCCAACGAUCCCCUCUACUGGGCCAUGGAGCACUGCCAGUCAGAACGAACCAAACCAGCAACUACAUGGAAAACGGCCGCUGGUAUCAUGGCUUCCGGAGAGGCCUCUACAUGUACCCGUGCGACGAGCACGAGAACGACCGCAUGGACAUCUACCACCAAUUCUUUGCCGUCGCACGGAGAGGGCAGCUGCACCAGGCGCCGCACGCAAAUGUCAAGCUCCCCGAGGCCCCGCAAGCUGGCAAGAAGCGAAAGGCCGAGAAGGAGCCCGAGCCGAACAAGAAAGCCUGCGCCGAACCUCUUUGUCAUGUUCCUGAGAACAGGACUUGCCCUCCUCAGCCUCGAAUCAACAUGUACAAAGACGAGGAGGGCAAGUUCAACGGCAAAGUCGUGCGAAGAGGUACGUCCGUCCGAUCCAAUGCCGACCUCAAGCGCUAA